CACUGAAGUUUCCUCUGAUAUAUGUGUGUGUGUGUGACUCACAAUACCAUCCUAAAUUUUUCUAAUUCAGCCUCCUCACUCAAUCCUCAAUCAAACAACAUGAAUCUGAGCAAACCUCAAUUCGGAGCCUCUUCCUCUUCCUCUUCCUCCUUGUCUUCUUCUUCCACCCAUUUGUUCACACACGAUGUCUUUGUGAGCUUCAGAGGUGCGGAUACGCGCAACAAUUUCACAGGCCAUUUGUACCGCAAUUUGGUUCAGGAGGGAAUUAACACCUUCAUUGAUAAUGACCUUACAAGAGGAGAAGAUAUAUCAAAGGAGCUUCUCGAAGUAAUUGAAGGAUCAAGGAUUUCCAUUGUUGUAUUUUCUGCCAACUAUGCAUCUUCAAAGUGGUGCUUGGAUGAACUUGUCAAGAUCUUUCAAUGUAAAGAAUCCAAGCACCAAAUCGUUUACCCAAUAUUCUACAAGGUAGAUCCGUCGGAAAUACGACACCAGAAGGACCAGGUUGGUGAUGCAAUUGCUCACCUUAGCAAAUACAAGGAUAACUUAAAGAAGGUGGAAAGUUGGAAGGCAGCUCUUACACAAGCAGCAACUUUGUCUGGGUGGCACAUCUUGGAUGGAGGGAAUGAAGCGAAUGUCAUUGAUGAAAUUGUUAAAGAGAUAUUAACCAAAAUAAUGAAAUGCACCCCUUUAGAUGUGGCAACAUAUCCUGUUGGAAUAGAAUCUCGUGUAGAAGACAUACUUAAGCACUUAAAUGUUGCGGAAGACGAUCCUCACAUGAUAGGGAUAUGGGGAAUUGGUGGAAUAGGAAAGACAACACUUGCAAAAGCUGUAUACAAUUCAAUUAGCCAUAAGUUUGAACAUAGUUGUUUCCUGGUAAAUAUUAGAGAAGAAUCAUUUUCACAUGGAGGUCUUGUCAAGCUACAAAACCAUUUUCUUUCUAAGAUUAUAGAGAGGAAUCCACCUAAUGUGACCAAUGUUGAUGAAGGAAUCAUUGUGCUGAAGCAAAAACUAAGCAAGAAAAGGGUUCUCUUAGUUCUUGAUGAUGUGGACCGCUUGGAUCAGUUAAGAAAACUUGCUGGAGGGUGUGAUUGGUUUGGUCCAAGAAGUAGAAUUAUAAUAACAACAAGAGAUAAGAAUUGCCUAAGGGCUCAUAAAGUCAAUUCAAUAUAUGAGGUCAAGGAAUUAAAUGAUGAAGAAGCUUUAGAGCUCUUCAAUUUCAAUGCCUUCAAAGGAAAUAUACGUAUGGAUGAUUUCUUUGACCUUGCAACUAGUGUAAUACGUUAUGCUAAAGGGAUUCCGUUAGCUUUGGAAGUUUUGGGAUCAGAUCUAUGUAGUAAAAAUAAGGAUGAGUGGAAAGAUGCAUUAGAGUAUUACAACAAAUAUCCUAACCAAGAGAUUCAACAAGCUCUCAAAAGAAGUUACAAGGCAUUGGAGGAUCGGAUGAAGGAAGUUUUUCUUCAUAUUGCAUGUUUCUUUAAAGGUUAUAAACAAAGCUAUGUGAUAAAUGUCCUACAAAGUUGUGACCUCAAUCCUAUGUAUGGUCUCAAAGUGAUCGCAGAAAAGGCCUUAAUAAAAAUUGAGAAAGACAAUAGGAUUUGGAUGCAUGACCUUAUAGAAGACAUGGGAAAAGAAAUUGUUCGACAAGAGUCUCUUGAUGAGAAAGGACAACGCAGUAGAUUGUGGCUAUAUGAGGAUAUUCACGAAGUCCUUGAGGAAAACAAAGGAACGGAUAAAAUUAAAGGCAUUCUGUUGAGAAGAGAUUACUCCGACUACCACUAUUCACAAAAGAUAUGGUUGAACGGCGAAAGCUUCACAAACUUGAAAAAUCUUCAAAUAUUUAUAGUCGAUGAUUGGGAACUUCAUGGAAAGAGCUUCCAUUAUAUCCCCGACCAGUUCAAAGUACUUCAUGGAGAAAGCGUGGAUUAUCUCCCCAACCAGUUAAGGGUCCUUGACUGGAAGGGUUGUUUAUUACGAUCGUUGCCAACGAAUUUUAAUCCGAGGGCACUCCGUAUGCUGCACAUGGGUGGGCCCUGCACGACCCCACUAGUGAACGAGGGAUUGAAGAAUCUGCGAUAUUUGAAAUCUAUCAAAUUGUGGGGCUGUCAAUCCUGUCACGGUUUAACAAGAAUUCUCGACUUGUCUGGAUUAACAAGCUUAGAGUGUUUGGAGCUAUUUAAUUAUGAUGAUUUGGUUGAAGUUCAUCCUUCGGUUGGCCGUCUCGAUAAGCUCGUCAUUUUGAAACUCAUCGAUUGUAAAAAGCUGCAGAUGUUUCAAGAGAGGAUCAACAUGAAAUCUUUGGAAACUCUGGUUCUCUCUGGUUGCCCUAAUCUUAAGUUCUUCCCUGAAAUUGAGGGAGACAUGAAGUCUUUGGCAACUCUGGAUCUUAGUGAGACUGCCAUCAAAGAGUUACCUUGCUCGGUUGGCAAUCUCACUGGCCUUAAAUCCUUGUCUCUAUCUAACUGUGAAGAACUUACUAAUGUACCAUCGAGCAUUUUCUAUGAAUUGCAACGUCUGGAGGAUCUUGAUCUACAGUUCUGCUCUAACCUCGUUACAUUUCCAACAAAGUCAGAAUCACUUCCUCCUCCACCGGUCUUUUCAACUAACCUCACUUCCAGAUUACAAGUUCAUCUGAACGGUUGCAACCAGCUUGAAGAAAUUUUAGAAUUUCCACGAGAAAUAGAUGGCUUAUUUGUGAGUUGGUGUGGGUCAUUGGAAAGAAUUUCAAACUUGUCAAAAAUUUUGGAGGGUAAAGAUUCAAAAAUGUUCGGUGAGUUGGACUUGACUGGCUGCCGGAAACUCUGCGACAAUCUGGCUCGUGGAGUAAUAUCAGAGGUUGAAGACAAGAAGAGAAAGAAGAGGGCAGAGGCAGACGAAUGGAUGAGAGAGGCAGAUAAAUUGACGGCUCUGUUGACUCUUUUUUUCUCUUGUCCGAAAUCUGAAGAAUUCCAUGUAGAAUUUCCCUCACGUGCUCCGAUUCCAAACUGGUUCACCUGCCGUCAGGAUGUGAAGUGGGAUGUGAAUGGUAAAGUUAUAAAUAAAGAGCAUGAGUUUUGCAUUGAUAUUCCUCAAAACUCCAGUUGGGACAACAAAGGGUUGGCUCUCUGUAUUCUAUCGCUGUUUGUUAAGGGCACUCAUUUUGUUUACAUCAAUGGAGUAAAGUUUGAUGAGAAAGACAUGAAUGAGGAGUGUGUGUGGGUGCAUUAUAUUCCAUUGGUUACAGUAAUAAGGUGGUUGAGUGAGUGUGGGAUGGCGCCACCUGAUAUGUUUCGAGUUAUGUUUCGAUUUGAAGAUAAACUAGUUUCAGACACAAUGCCUUUGGGGGGAAGCUGGGGAGUUCACCUGAUCGAAGAUUUGGAAGGAGAAGGUCGAUGAUAGUCCAGCUGACUUCCAGUAUAUGCUGAUUCUGCUGCCACUGAGGAUGACAUUGACACACCCAAGGUACAAAACACUUACCUCGGAAGAAGUUCAUACAAUGUUAAGGAGUUCGAUUUAGAGGAAAUGACCGAGUGAGUCUUUGGAAUCACACCUCUAGAGCAUGAUCAAUGGAGUUGAUCAGACCUGCACCGACGGUCUAUAUGUCUGAAUUCCUUGUCUGUUCCAGAGCAGUAAAGACGCACACAUUGAUCAAUAUUCCAGAAAUAAAAGGACAGGUAAAAAUCCUUAUGCAAUGUCUGUAUUUAGUUGAGUUGCGAAGGAAUUAGAUGCUCCAGAUAUGGCUGAUACAAUAGAGCAAUUGGAUUAUGUACUUCAUCAGCAAGCAAGGUUGGACCUAUCAAGGAUUUCAUUCAUUUUUGCCAUGCCUAGUCAGACACACCUCAAGAGGGUUUUGGUCUCUUUGCAGCUUUGAUGGCAUAGUGAAUCCCGGUCCUCUUCUCCAGUCAAUUGACACUAUCCCAUUCACGAGUGCAGUUGAUUCUGUUUCAUUAGUUUACUUCCAAUAUUGAGGAGGACACUGAUGCAGAAGAGUUGCAGGCGGGUGGAAGCAUUUGACCAAGAGCUUAUAUCGGAACAACAUGGGGAUUGACAUAUAUAAGAUGCUAAACUUGAGGAAGGAAUUUUCUGCUCUACUGUGACAGGCUGAUCUAAUCAGUGGGAUGCCAUCCUGAGAUUUAAUUACUUUAGUACUGGGUUCUACUCUGCACUCAUCUUUGUAACUUCUGAUAUUUGACAAGGUGAAAAUCAGCAAUGUUGCCGUCUUAACGCAAGCUAAGAUGAAUCUAGAGAUCUGGUUGAGACAAUAAUGAGUCACUGAGUUUAGGUGCCUUCUUCUUCUAGGGGCUACUAGGACAGACAAUCUUUGCAAUAUGUAUUUUUAGGUUGGUCUUGUAGACUGCAUUGUAAAGAGCUUUCAAGAAGAUUUUGGGUUCUUGGUAGCAGCCUUGCAUGGUGUAUUACAUCCUGACUUUUCCAGUCAAUUCUCAGCAUUACCAGAAGCAGUCUGAAAAUCAACAUGGAUUCAUCGUACAUCUGCAUACCAAUUUAUUGUAGGUCUUUGAUAUGUUCAGCAAGGUUGUCCAGUCCUUUUGGCAAUCGUUGAUUUUGGCUGUCUACCUCAUUGUGUAGGCAAUCACUUUGAUUUUGCACAGCUCAUGUCUCAGAGAGACCAUGAUCCUACCUUUGCAGUAGGAAUACCAAACCUACACGACUACUGUAAAUACUCAAUGUAGCCUAAACCUCCAACACAAAUUGUCCCAACUGGUGCAUGAUUAACAUUGACAGAAUGUUACAGCUGUGUCUGGAAGAAUUUGUGCAUGAGAAUUAUCAUGGACUUCAGCGAUUGGAUCGAAGUUUUUGCUGUAAGCCUUGCUCUUGGUACAAUCAUGAAAGCUGAAGUCUGGGGUUUAUUGAAGGGUCUUCUUAUUCCAGCUUAGUUAACUGCAAAGAUCCUAUUUUGUUACACUAGCUGGGACAUCUCAGUGACUCAUGUCUAGCUACAAGGAAGUUAAUGAAACAGCAGAUCACUUGCCAAGCUCGAUCAUCCUUACCCAUCGAUUUGGAACUUUUGGCUAAAGAUGUCUCAUGGAUUUGUAAAGACUAGGGUUAUGCAAAUGCAAUGCACUUGUUUCUAUCGUGGUUAGGUGCCAGACUUCAAAACAAAGAGACAUGCACCCUAUGUAGUUGAAUUUCAAAUAGCUUUGUGUGCCACAUGAACUUUUUUUGAUAUGGGAAACUGAUUCCUUUCCCUUUCUUCCAAUUUUUUUAUUGUAGCUAUUUUUUGGUAUAUUUGGGG